AACAGAUAGCUUCAGCAGGAACGGGAGAAAGCUAUUUUCGGGAAAUUGGUGUGACUCCACAACGUGAGACUAUAAUUGCAGAAUUUCGUGUUGUAGAUUCGACAUCGUAGUUCGUAUAAUACUUCGGCCGAAUGAAAUGGGUGCCGGUGCGGGAUCCAGCAGGUAGGUGGUGAGGCGGGUUACCUGGAGGGUGCUUAUCGGGGAUAGGAUGAGGUGGGUUUGCGAGGAGGUCAUGAAGAGAAAGUUGGCGUAGGGUCAGCACAGCACCCAGACGGAUCCUAGACUGGUGGCGGCAUCAUCACCCUGUUGUAAGGGAGCGAGCGUCAGCACCCGUGCACACAGCCCAGGCAAGGUGCAUCCAUCAUCUAUCCACUUUGGGUACAUGUAACAUUACUAGUGAGCGUAGAGGAGGAGGGUCGGAUGCUCGUGGAUGCUUACAGAGCACCGUGGACUGGCAGAUGCAUGGGCACAGCAGAAGCAAGGAGUGGCAUCUAUCUGAGCAGAUCAUCGCCCUGUCUGCAGUAGUGGUAGUAGUAAGAUAAUUUAGAAGACCACACAGGGUGGCCUCAUCCCUUCUGGUUCAAUCACAGUUGUGAUAAAGAAAAAAGAAACUGCAGAAGAAGCGAGGGAUCUGGCUAUGCUGCAGAAGCAGCAGCAGAGCUCCACAGCAGUAAGGAAGUACGGGAGAGUGGAGUGGAGAGGAGCGGAGAGGAGGAGGCAGUGGGAGUCUUAAUUGCCACUCACCUUCCGCUCUACCUGCCGUUGAGGUCGUCCAUCACACCCCCACCACAUCUCUCAUAGCUUUCCUACUUUCUCUGUUCAUGGAGCUGUUGCAGGAGCGCCUCUGCCACCACCAUCUCUGAACCUGAGUCAGUUGCCAGGCAUGCUCUCUACGUCCAUACUGCCUCCCUCCACCCCUCCCUCUACCCUAGAUCUCUGAGCAUUGUCACGUUUGUGGAUUGCUACGGUAGAGUUGUAUGAAAAUGAUGUUAGAAUGUACAAAUGAUGGUAGAAUAUAUGGGAUACGUCUGGAGCGGGGUUUUGAUGAGGCGGAGUUCGGGCUCUGUUGGGAGCAAUCACUGCUGUCGCCGUGGCUCUGACACUCGCGCAUGGGGUUUGCUUGCUCUCUCCUCCGAGCUCAGUUGCAGCCUGCAAGGCAAUCUUUGUUCCUGCUGCCCCUCUCAGCUUCAACGUCACUUACUCGCCCACUGCUCAUUUAUCCACCGGCUGCGCGUGAUAUUGUGCUCCCGUCGAUACAGCUUGGGCUCUUUUGUAGCCACCCACUGCUUCAUGCGGCAGAUAGUGUGCUAGUUCUCAAGUUGUGUAGUGGAGGUCUGUCUGGGUGUUAGUUGAGGCUCCCCACGCGCAUUUGUCGACCAUUGCUGAUACUUUUCGCCGCAGAUGCUCUACUCUUCCCUUCGACCAGUAUUUGAGGACUGGUUAAGACCAGUGAGGCUUCGUAUUUGGUUAGUUGUGCGUUGAGUCUAAAGCCCCUGCAGAGGAGAGUGUGGGUGGGUUCCUGACUCUCCUCCGGAAAAAGUAUAACAUUGAUCAAUUCUCCAGUGGCGUUGGUCUUUCCUGUACAUGCGCGUUAUUGCACCCACCUGGGAGUUUGGGAUCUCCUUGAUUCUAAGGCCUGGCCGAGGUUUUGUACUUGCCUGGUUGCUGUUUGGAGGACCACAGUACCUCGGCUUGACCUGGUGCACGUUUCCUCUUGCUAUUGCUUCUGCUCAAUUUCAUUGAGCUUUCACGAAACAAAGAGAAGGGCCUAGAUCUGUUAGGGCCAUCGGCAGGAAGUGUAUAAGUUGGAGUUUUGGCGGUUAUGUUUCCUCCGUAUCUGUAGCAGGCAUUGAUUGGCAUGUGCGAUAGCCUUGUCUGGGUCUGUGAAAAUAUGUUUGAGAUUUCUCGUGAUGUAGCUCGGUUAAGACGUUCCGCUCUACUACUUAUACUUGAUUUCUGUAGUCUGCCGCCGUUGGCCAUAUCAGAGUUUUGGUGAGCUGCGCCACAUUGUCUGUGUUGUCGGUGCAAGACACUGGACGAAGUUGCUGUUCCUGCAUGCAAUUGCUCCUCCCCCUCCUCUUUCAUCACGUCAGCAGAGCUAUAUCUCUUGUGCUGCCUCGCGGAACUCGCUCUGUCAAAUUGUUUGACCUGCAACUUCAAGGUGAAGCCAAUUUCUUCCGUUCAGCAGAGUGGGGGUUCGAAAAUGCGGACUUAAGGGUCUGAAAAUGAAAAUGCUGCCUUCAAUAUGACGGUACAUCGGACUGCUUUGCAAUUGCACGUGUUGCAAUAUCAACAGGCUUGGUGAACGGUCUUGGACGUUAAUUCAUUGCUCAGAGUAUCUUAGUCGUCUGUCCUUAGAGUUCGAGUAACAAUGACCAUGCUCGGUUGUAAAUGGCAUCCAAGCCAGGACAAUGUUGGAGUAUGUGCUCACUGUCUGCGUGAGUCUCUGAGUAGACUCGCAGUUUACCAGGAUGAGGAGGACGACUCCGUUGACCUGGAAGUCUUCCCUCCCAGCAAACCUUCAGCAAUGCCGGCAGGUAGCCGGAGAGCUCAGUUCAUACUAGUGCAGUAUGAUGAAGACGGUAACCCUCGCGGGUGCUUGGGGGCAGACAAUUCAGAUCUGUUUUAUCCUGGCGUCAACAGAAAUGCAAUGGGGGCUUUGGUUGGGAGUCAUCAACAUGCGCAGCAUGUGCAAGCGUAUGUACCCGAUGAUAACGAAGCGGCAAAUUUCAAUCUGGACAGUGCUGGACCUGUCGACAUGCAGAUGGAAGUGGGCACAUCCGAGGAUAGUGGUUCCGGAGUUCAAGAUGAAGCUACUCCACCUAAUAUGUUGGUCACAGUGAAUGCUGGGGAAUCUGGCCGUCAAAAGAGGAAAUUACAUUCCUCAAGUGGGAGGCGUAAAUCGAAGUCCUGGGGGGCGGCGAUGCUGAAAGUGGUAGGUUUUCGCACUCUUAGUGUGCUGUGGAGAUCAGAGAAGAAGAGCGAAGCUGUUAAUUCCAAGAACAAGCCGAACGAGCAGGGGUAUGACGGCAGUGUUGAAUCUGGAGCCCCUGCACAUGAUCAGCAGUUCACUCCUACUCGAUUUUCCGUUUCAUCAAAUUUGGAGCAGACCACCCCUGCAAGAUACUCUGUGUCGUCGCAAUGGGAGCAGACGACUCCCGCAAGGUACUCGGUUGCGUCAGUCAAUGAGCAGAUCACGCCUGCCAGAUAUUCAGGGGCGUCCUUGUUCGAUAUCGAAUCCAUGGAUUCUCGGAGAUUUUCCACUAGUAGCCGAGGAAGCCCCUUCAUGCAGAAACCCGUCAUCAAUGGUGAGAAUUUCAAUGCCGCGUGGAAAGCCAGUAAGUCCUCUGUCAACGGGCGCAAGACAGGGCCCUUCGAGGGUUUGGGCAGGGAUGAGUACUCGGGUAAAGUUGCAGGGCGUAGCUAUGGAGACGAGAUUGCAGGGCAGGGGAGGAAGUCUCCUUGGAAGUGGUUUUCUUCCUUCAAAGGCUCCUCCUCGAAGGAGGAUAAGUCGCUGAGCCAGCAGAAACCCACUCCGGAACCUCCAUCUGAUCCGGUACCUUACCAGGAACGAAGAAAAUCUACUUCUUCCCUCUAUGCGACCAAGUCUAGAGAUCGUAAUCAGAUCCAACCAUUGACUCCGGUGUUGAGUUCGAAGAAAAGCCCAUGGUGGAGGGCAUCUCCGUAUAUGAAAGCUCAAUCUAAGAGUCCUAUUAAUGCUGCAGCUAAAGCGGGGACCAGGGACCCCGAGACUGCCACUGAUUCGGACUUAAUGGAUGAUACUCCUCACAGGCUCUCUUCGGCCAGUCCCAUGGUGGGCUACUCCCGCUCUAGCAGUAAUGGCAGCUCGUGCUUUACCACUCCCAGGUGGAACACAAGGCAUCGGCAGCAGCAUGGUGGACAUCGGGGCAUAGCUGCGCACGAGAGAGAGCAUGAAAUCACACAUCUGGCAAUUUAGGAGCGAAAGGAGAAAUUUACUUAUCUUCCAUAAGAAUCCAAAUUCUAUUGUGCUCUCUUUCUAGUCGGAUGGAUGCUAGUUCAUAUUAACCCAUUUUGGUUUGUCUUCCGCAUCGCCGUGUUUGGACUUUCAAGUAGUUGUAGGGCAAUAAAUCAUAUGAGAUGGUACUCACAAGUGACAUGGGAUUCAGACAGGGAAUUGAAAGAGUGACUACAUUAAGUCCGGUAUCCAUGUCCUUCAAGUGUAAAAAAAAAACUUUAGAGUUUUGUUCACCUUCAUACUUCAUGACGCAAGCUCCGUAAGCCAGAGCGCGGUGUGGGAAUGGAAAUGGUAACAAUCAAGUCAGGUUGGCCGCGAGUUAGAGGGAGGGAAAAUGGACCACCGUUGUGUACAAACUGGUUCGCGGAGCUUUUCACGCAGGACACACCAUGGUUGGAUCUUCAUGUGAAUUACGGAGUAUUUGGAGCCAAUUAUCGCGGAGGGUACUGAACCAUGGAACUGUGGAUCUUCCAAGUGGAGGAUGAAGUUGCUACUCUGAACGAGCUAGUUGCAUUUUUUCUUUUCUCCUUUACGUGCUCUUGGAGCUCUUCUGCAUUCGCAGGAAGGAAAGAGGUGCGCUCUGAUUUGUCCAAAGAUGGGACAAUGGAAGAAUUAGCGUGGAGCACACGAUCAGAGUGAAGAUUUCAACCGAGUUCUGACAUUUCUCUGGAGAUCGCUAGAGUCAAUUAGUCUGUUCUCAGGGUAUCAGAGCUUUUUCAGUAAGUGAGUCUACGCUGGAGAUAGUCACCAUAUGGUGGGCGUCACUCGCACGGAAACAGUGAUUCGAAAGGCAUCCCACUACUGAAAAGGAAAAGACCCGGCUCUAGUCUGUUGGUAAUUGGGCUUUUUGCAGUCGCAGGGGAGUGUAGUGCAAUUGUGAGAACUGCUCGUAACGUGGCAGAACAUCUUGGCAGGUGCAUUUGUAGGAAUGAUAAAGUAAUGUAUAUUUCUCUUCUGUAGAAAUUUAUCGUCAGCUGGCCUACCAUAUUGCCAUCA